AUGGGCGGCCAAGUAACACGCUGCGACUUUGAAUGGUCUUACACCGCAGAGCCGCAUGCGACUAGAAGAAAAGAAAUUCUUGGUAUGUUGUACUUUUUUUUCAAGUUCUAAAAGUAACUAGAUCUUUCAUGUACAAAUUUGAAUUUACCUACUAGCUACUUGUUCCUCCCCAGCUUUUACAACCCGUUAUUUCACUUUAAAUAAUGUGUAUUUUUAAAAAUAAGCUAUUUUCUCAUAUCCUUUUUUUUCUACGUUUGGGUAUCAUUUCUCCUUGAUAAAACUUAUACCACAAUUCAAGGUCCUCAAUUUUUAAACACAUCCCGUUUGUACCUCAGUAUGGCUUUUUUUACCACAAACAACCAGCCUCUAACCUGAUGCGCUGUCGGUGCUGUUAGUAUAAAAAUAUCAAACCUUCCCUGGAAACCUUUCAUUGAAUUACUUCCAUAACACAAGCGGUGAAAUGUUUUAAUCUUGCAUGGCAAGAUUAGUUCUCAGAAAGGUGUUUUAAUAAGCAUCAUACGUGUUCAAGUUAUAACUUAUCGCACAUCGAAAUUAUACUCAGCUGUACAUAUAUUUAAUCAAGCCAACUUUCUUCCUUAGUCGAUACAUCUUUCUUUUGUGCUUCAGGUAAUCUUUUGUCGCUAAUAGCAUAAUAUUACUAAGAAAACUAAGAAAAAAAAAACCUUUAACUCUGUGUUUUCCUCUUUUUUGUUUUAGCCAAAUAUCCCGAAAUCAAGAGACUUAUGGGCAGUGAUCCUUUAUUCAAGUACGAAAUCCUGUCUUUGAUAGUGGUUCAGUUUGCACUGACUUUUCUCCUGCGUGAUGUAUCUUGGACCAUUUUACUGCUUUCAGCCUACUUCAUAGGGGCGUUCCCUAGCCACGCCCUCAUCGUUGGGGUGCACGACAUCUGCCAUAAUAUCCCAUUCGGAAACGGCCGGCCUUUACUAAACAGACUCUUUGGCAUUUUAGCGAACCUACCGACAGGUAUUCCCUCCUCAAUUGCUUUCAAGAAGUACCACCUCCUCCACCACCGCUAUAUGGGAGUGGAAGAAAUGGAUCCCGACCUGCCAACCAGUUUUGAAGCUCGAAUGUUUUACAACUCUAUCACCAAACUAGUCUGGGUAAUUUUGCAACCUUUUUGGUAUGCAUUGAGGCCUCUAUUCAUCAACCCCAUAGCCCCAAACGGCUUGGAAAUCCUUAACAUUGUCGUUCAAUUUGCUUUGAACUGCGCCGUAGUGUACCUCUGGGGGGUGAAGUCACUCGUAUUCAUGGUUAGCAGUACGAUCCUUGGAGCAGGCUUACAUCCUAUGGCGGGCCACUUCAUAGCUGAACAUUACAUGUUCGAAGAGGGCUUUGAGACAUAUUCUUACUACGGUCCUGGAAACUAUCUGACAUUUAAUGUCGGGUAUCACAACGAGCAUCAUGAUUUCCCAAGUAUCCCAGGUUCAAAGCUCCCUUUAGUAAAGAAGAUUGCAGCGGAAUAUUACGACAACCUACCGUACCAUACUUCUUGGAUCAAAGUGAUAUGGGAUUUUAUAAUAGAUCCCAGAAUUGGCCCUUAUGCUAGGGUCAAGAGGCCGAAAGUCAAAAAGCCUAAAGGAGUAGAGCUUUCCUAG